GUCAAGCCUAAUAGCCUAUACAUCUCCAUAUACUCAGGUCGGAAAAACAUAUUCGUUGAGCCUGCAGUGCAACGGCAUUGCAUAGGAAUUUAGGAUCAUAUCCGUGCGACGAUGCAUAUAUCCAUAUCAAAUGCUGGCUCUCCAACAAUUAAAGAAUGCAACUCGUGCUGUGGACACUUAUUCCACUGCCUGCUGUGCCCAACCUUCAAACCAACUAAGAAGGCAAAUAUUCAGAGACGCGUGGACACACAUGCAAAACAGUGCAUUUCAAAGAUCACUGAAUGGGUGCAAUGCUACAACUGUGAAGGGUGGCCCCACACAGACUGUGCUGGUCCAUCCUAUCCUCAUUUGAGGGAUGGGACAUUCUGUUGUGGACGUGAAGCUAGCGACGCCUGCAAUAGAGCCAUUGAAUUGCUGCACACGCAUGGCAUCCAGGGUCUGUUAUCCGCAGAUGAAAUAAAGAGCUUGCAUGAGCAAUUAAAAACAGGCAUCAAGAGGUCCAACAGGAUGUGCCUGUGGGAGAAUCCCACGGCAUCCCUGAAUCUGAAACUGAGAUUGAAGCCAAAUAUGCUUCAUUUUGAUGAGAACCAGACUGUUGAGCUUAUGAAGCUGAUAGAAUCUCCUACCGGACAAGACAAAAAAAUUGACAGAGGUGAAUUCAGCAUGAUGGACUACUUCUUUGUUGUAAUACUUCAAGAGGUCAUCAUCAGGAUCUUGGAAAAGAAUGAGUGCUUCAGCUGCUAUUGGGCAAAAUAUGCCAUGGCCAGUGAAUUUCACCAUUAAUGGCUGAAGAAAUUUGAUUGUAUUUAUUUAGUAUUA